GGGGAGGGUUUGAAUAUAUAUUCGAAAAUAAGAAUUUGUUCUUAACUGACUUGCCUAGUUUAAUAAAGGUUAAAUAAAUAAAAAAAAACAGGAAGUGGGGUAGCUUUUUCCGACAACAGAAAUAGACCAAGACCUCAUUCAGUCUUACAUUAUUGCAAUCUGAGGGCUGGAAACCAGAGGGUGGAGCCCAACUUCAUGUGCACUUUCUGAAGCCACAUCUUCAAAAGGACUUUUACGUACCUCAUGUUUCUAACAUGUUUCUGAUGACGGAUUGGUCAUCUAACGUACUAGACCACAGACUUUUUUAUUUUAUUUCUAUCAAUAUCAAUGAUCAACUUCAUACUAUAACUGCAUGUACUGUACACUGACUGCACUGAAAAACUUUCCAUACUUUAUUUAUGGUAAAGAAACAAGGGCCUGAAACAGCCAGUGAUGGAACGUUCUUAUUUUACCUGCGGUAAUAUCUAUACAUCUGAAGCCGUAGUGAGGAUAGAUACAUUGUAUAAACCACAGGAGGUUGGUGUCACCAUAAUUGGGGAGGACGGGCUCUUGGUAAUGACUGGAGUGGAAUCAGUGUAAUGAUAUCAGCAACAUCAAACACCUGGUUUCCAUGGGUUUGAUGCCGUUCCAUUCGCUCCGUUCCGGACUUUAUUAUGAGCUGUCCUCCCACUCACCAGCCUCCUGUGCUAUAAACUCUUAUCAGCAGAUCAUUGAGGAUGUGUUACCCUGCUCAGACAUUGCUGACACGUGCCAGAUCUUACAACGCCUUGAUCGGUGUUUUACCUAACAGGCGUUAUAGCAAUCUGGGGCAUGACUGCACAACCAUUGGUUGAUUGCAUGCACUGCCUGAGCAGGGUAACAUGACCUGAAUGUGGACAAUGUGGACGAUUGGACGAGACCACCAGGAAGAAACACUCUGGUUAGAGUUGCACUCAACCAAUCAGGUUACUUUGAGGAAGUUGUUGACCAAUGAGACCCCUGAAGGAUGAUUGUUUAUUUGUCUCUCAACCAAUCAUGCAAAUAUUUUCAUGAAAUAGCCUCCUCUUAUGUAGAUAAUUAGCAGUAGCACGUUUAAAUACUCCUUCUGAAUGCUCAUUUCCUGGGAAUGUAAGAGAGACAAGACAUGCUUCUAUCUUAGACAGACAUACAGUAGAUUAGCUAGCAUAAACAAUGAUGUUAUAAUUGGUAUGCUCCGGACAUUCUCAUGUCUCCUCCCCCAUAUCUCUGCUCUCCUCUCUCUUCCUGGUUAUGGAUUCUAGUUCUGUCUGUCUCUUCCUGGUUAUGGAUUCUAGUUCUGUAUGUCUCUUCCUGGUUAUGGAUUCUAGUGCUGUCUGUCUCUUCCUGGUUAUGGAUUCUAGUGCUGUCUGUCUCUUCCUGGUUAUGGAUUCUAGUGCUGUCUGUCUCUUCCUGGUUAUGGAUUCUAGUUCUGUCUGUCUCUUCCUGGUUAUGGAUUCUAGUUCUGUAUGUCUCUUCCUGGUUAUGGAUUCUAGUUCUGUCUGUCUCUUCCUGGUUAUGGAUUCUAGUUCUGUCUGUCUCUUCCUGGUUAUGGAUUCUAGUUCUGUCUGUCUCUUCCUGGUUAUGGAUUCUAUUUCUGUCUGUCUCUUCCUGGUUAUGGAUUCCAUUGCUAUCUGUGUUUAGUUCUGUCUUCGUUUGAAGAAUUAUGCCGUCAGUUAUUGACAAAAGAAAGAGAAAGCAUGUCUUGUGUUUAAAAUGUUUAAAAUGUAAGAGUCUGAUCUGAUUCAUUUAUAUCAGGGCAAGCCGUAGAUAUACAUAACAGAGUUCUGCAAACUAUCCUCCAUUUCAGCUCCAAAUUUCCAAUCCCAAUCUCUAUGGAUAACUCUAUUUCUGGGUAAAUCUUUGAGUCUUCUUGGUUAUGCCCUCUCCCACGCCCUGAGUUUAUUUGCACAGUGACAGUGGACCAGGCCAGUCCCGUCUUAGAGACGAAGUGCAGUGAGGAAAAAAAAUAAUGUCGACACAUUUGUCCAAGUCAACGUGGAUUUCCUUGUUGUUAUGACUGUCAUUGUCCAAUUUGUGCUUCACUACAAAGUCUGAGAUUUGGAUUGAAUCCAAGAUGGUGUGCUGUAUGUUGCUCCUAGCCUGUGUGGUUGUCAGAUGUGUUUCAGCUUUUGCCCACUUUAGUAAAGUAAACUGCUUUUGUUGACUCAAACAUUGGCUGGUUGUAGUGACAGUGCCGCUGUGUCAAUAACGAGGAAAGCCAAAAUGCCAAAGGUUGGGCCUUUUGGCAAUUUGAAGAGAUCAUAAAAAAAAUUGUUUUCUAGGACUCUUCAGGUGAAGAUGUAUAAAAUGUACGUUGGUCUGAUGUGUAUGAGGAAGGGAAUCCAGGUGUGUAUGAGGAAGGGAAUCCAGGUGUGUAUGAGGAAGGGAAGCCAGGUGUGUAUGAGGAAGGGAAUCCAGGUGUGUAUGAGGAAGGGAAUCCAGGUGUGUAUGAGGAAGGGAAUCCAGGUGUGUAUGAGGGAGGGAAUCCAGGUGUGUAUGAGGAAGGGAAUCCAGGUGUAUAUGAGGAAGGGAAUCCAGGUGUGUAUGAGGAAGGGAAUCCAGGUGUGUAUGAGGAAGGGAAUCCAGGUGUGUAUGAGGAAGGGAAUCCAGGUGUGUAUGAGGGAGGGAAUCCAGGUGUGUAUGAGGAAGGGAAUCCAGGUGUGUAUGAGGAAGGGAAUCCAGGUGUGUAUGAGGAAGGGAAUCCAGGUGUGUAUGAGGAAGGGAAUCCAGGUGUGUAUGAGGAAGGGAAUCCAGAUGUGUAUGAGGAAGGGAAUCCAGGUGUGUAUGAGGAAGGGAAUCCAGGUGUGUAUGAGGAAGGGAAUCCAGGUGUGUAUGAGGAAGGGAAUCCAGGUGUGUAUGAGGAAGGGAAUCCAGGUGUGUAUGAGGAAGGGAAUCCAGCACCCUUUGCUGGCUCUAACAACCGACCAAUCAGUUUGCUACCUGUUCUUAUUAAACUGAUGGAGACAAUUGUGUUUGACCAAAUACAAUGCCAUUUUUCAGAGAACAAGUUAACUCCUGACUUUCAGCAUGCCUAUAGAGAAGGGCACUCAACUUGUACGGCACUGACUCAGAUGACUGAUGAUUGGUUAAAAGAAACGGAUAGCAAGAUAAUAGUCGGAGCUGAAAUGUUAGAUUUCAUUGUAGCCUUUGAUGUUUAUUGAAGAAACUAACUUGCUAUGGUUUUACAUCACCUGCCAUUGGAGUGGGUUAGAAUGUUGGAUAAAUAACAUUCCAUUGGGUUAGAAUGUUGGAUAAAUAACAUUCCAUUGGGUUAGAAUGUUGGAUAAAUAACAUUCCAUUGGGUUGGAAUGUAAUUUAUCCAAUAGGACCCAGAAAGUGUUCUUCAAUGGAAGCUUCUCUAACAUCAGAUAUGUACAGUGCGGUAUCCCUCAGGGCAGUUGACUUGGGCACUUCCUCUUCUCUAUUAUUACAAAUGAGUUGCCACUGGUCUUACACAAAGCUACAAUGACUAAUGCUGAUGAUUCCACAGUGUACAUGUCAGCACCCAAAGCCAGUGAGCUCAUUGAAAUUCUAGUUACAGUUAGUAUCAGAAUGGGUCAUUAAUAAUGAACUGGUUUUUAAUAAAUAUAGAACUAAAAGCAUUGUGUUUGGUUCAAAAACAUUCUCUAAGACCUAAACCUAAACUGGAAUUGUACAUAAAGGGUGUGGAAGACGUGGAUGUCGAUUAAGGCAGCCCCCCGCACCUCUCUGAUUCAGAGGGGUUGGGUUAAAUGCGGAAGAGACAUUUCAGUUGAAUACAUUCAGUUGGACAACUGACUAGGUAUCCCCCCUUUUCCCCAUUGAGCAAGUUGAGGAAGCUAAACUCUUAGCUUGUUAUAAAAACUCCUAUGUUUGUUAUAAAAACAUGUUCUGUAUUUUUGACACAAAGAUCAACUGAACUAGUUGUUCAGGCUCUGAUCUUGUCUGACCUUGAUAACCGUCCGCCAAUAUGGUCAAGUGUAUCAAAGAAAGACCAAGCAAAAGCUAUAGCUCAAAACAGAGCAUCACCUUUAAAGGCCCAUAUACAACUAACAUCAACUAACAUCAACUAACAUCAACUAACAACAACUAACAACAUCAACUAACUUCAACACACUCUCAUACACACAGACACACACACACUCUAAU